AUGGAUAGGCCGUCAGGCGCUCUGGGUGGGUCACCAACAGAGGAGGCCAAUCCCUUUGUGCUGUUGGACGAUGAGGCGCUGGAGCAUGCGCAGGCGCAGAGGGCGCUGCCAGUAGCUGAGAAGAGCACACUGUCGUGUGAGAUGCAGAGCUGCCGCGCUCUGGCACCUGGCCAGCUCAACCCGCGCCGCUUCACCCGCAAACAGCCCUCCGGGGGCCUGGCGCAGGUGGCGGCGGCACGGCCGCAGCAGGCGCGGCGCGCUGAGCUGGACAACAUGGCGCGACUCAUCGCCAAGAAGCGAGAGAUCUUCCUCGUUCAAAUGGCGCUCGACAUCCGCUCCGCCGAGAUGCGCCGCCUCGGCGAUCGCGCCCGCCAGGCACGCCAGACUUUCCCGCUCGCUUGCUGGCGUUUUAUGCACUGCCCCCACAUUCUGCUUGCUCUUCCUACGGACCAGUAUGAAGCUGCGCUGAGUCAGGCGGAGGGAACGCUGGCGGAGGACGGCCUUGCCUUCGACCUCUUCCUCAAAGAAUCCGACGAGAAGGUGCAGCAGGCGAUGCGCAAAGCAGACGCCGAAAUGCGGCUCAAGCAGGAAAAGGCGACCGAGCUCAAGAAGCUGAACAAUGCGUUGGCGGCCGCACAGAGCGAGCUGCGCAAAGCACAGGAGCAGACCGACGAAUGCAAAAAGUAUGCCACCUUUCUGGACUCCAUCACACCGCCCGAGUGGUUUGCAGCGCAAAACACACGCCAUGAAGCCGAGUGGCAGGGAAAACUGGACGCCUGGAAUACGAAGUGCCAGGCCAUCACGGACGCUGUCUCGGCUGCAAAGGCGGCAAAACAAGCGGCUGAGGAAAGGUACGCCAACGCGCGGACGCAGCAGCAGGCCGAGGCGGCCGAGCGCGACGGCAAAACGGCGUCUGACGAGCUCAAGCAAGCGCUGCAGGUGCCGCAGCCGCUGCCGCCCAUCAAGCCGACGGAAGAGGAUGCCUGGGAGCGCCGCAUGGCCGAGCCCAUGCACUUCCAGGAUCCGCGGCAGCUGAGGCACAUAUUCAGCCACCUGGAGGAGAACAACCUCUUCCUCAUCCAGACCGCACAGGAGGCCGAAGAAGCCGCCGAGGCCGCCACCGCCAAACUCAACCACUCAAUCGCGCAGAUGGAUGCGGAGGCGGCCGCUCUGGUGCAGCAGGCCGAGGCUCUGGAGGCAGCGCUGGCCAAACGGAGGCAGCACUGCAAGGCGCUCAAGGAGGCUGCAGCGCAGACGGGUGGCCGGCUUGUGCAGGCAGCAUCUACGAGUGCUGUCCCAUUGGAGCAGCUGGCGGCCAAAAUAAGGCGGGUUUGGGCCCGCUGUGGCGGGGAGGCAGACACCCACACUUCCUACACCCAGAUGAGCCUGCCGGCAAUGCUGACAGCGAUCGAGGCGCGCUUGGAGGACACCAUAGCGGCAGCUGCGCUGCAGCCGCCCGAAGCCGUGCAUGCCACGGAGCGAGCACGCGAACAGGAGAGGCGACGGGUUGCCCGUGAGGAGAAGGCUAGGAAAGAAAGGGCCGAGGCCGAGGUGCGCAUCAAGAAGGCGCUUGAGCGAGCGUCUGCGCCGCCGUUCAAGAAGCAGGGCAAGCCGGCCAUGCCGCGCAGCACUCUGCCGAAACGCGCGCAUGUGCCGGCACAUGCCGUGCAGGCGGCGAUCGACGAGGAGUUGGAAUUCUACCUGCAGCGGGUUUACCUGCUCUGA